AUGAGCUCAAGCAGCAGUAGCAACGAGGAGCAGACGCCGCGGUGGAAGGUCGCCGCGGUCGUGUCCUUCUUCAUGGCCGUGGCCAUCGUCAUGGUCAUUGUCAACAAAUGGGUCCUCAAGUCGUCCGACCUCCCGCUCACCUUCCUCUUCCUGCAGCUCGUGAUCGCCGUUGUCCUGUUGUACGCCUGGGGCGGGGCGUCGCGCACCCAGUGGACCGUGCCCCGGUGGUCAAAGGACAUGGUCGGCAAGAUGCUGCCCGUGGCGGCCGUCAACGUCGUCGGCCUCGCCUUCAACAUCUACUGCCUGCGCCUCGUCGACGCCUCGUACUUCCAGGUCGCCCGCGGGCUCACCCUGCCCAUGACUAUCGCGCUGCAGGCCGCGCAGACCGGCACCCGGCCCACCCGCGACACGCUCAUUGCAUGCGCCCUCGUCACCUGGGGCUUUACGUUCUCGUUCCUCCCCUUCCCGCUCGGUGCGGGCGCCACUGGCUCGGCGGCCGAAGCCCCAGCCCUCGGAAUGGUGCUUGGCAUCGCUUCCGCUGCCAUGGUCGCUGUGCACGCCGUGCUCAUCAAGUCGGCGCUGCGGCACCUCGAUGGGAGUGCGCUGGACCUCGCCUACUGGACGAAUGCGCUCAGCGCGGUAGCCAUCGUGCCCCCCGUGCUCCUGGCCGAGUCUGGGCGGAUCUACGCCCUCUUGGCUGGAACAGAGGGUGACCUGCGGGCGUUUGCGAUCGGCAGUCUCGUGACGGGCGUCGUCGGCUUCCUCAUCUGCAUCGCGGGCCUCCUCAGCAUCAAGGUGACCUCGCCCGUGACGCACAUGUUCUCUUCGGCGGUGCGCUCGGUCCUGCAGACGAUUCUUGGCGUUCAGUUGUUUGGGGACCUUCUCAACACCUCGCGCGUCGCGUCGAUCAUCCUCAUCCUUCUCGGUACCCUUUUGUACACCUGGCACAAGGCGCAGGGCGCUCCACCCGCCGCGGCGCCCAAGCCGUCCGAUCAGGCCGCGGCCGAGGAGGCGCGGGCCGAGAGCGAGGGGCUCACGGCAGAGAAGAGCGAGGCGUGA